AUGAUUGACAUCAUUUUUUCAAACCCAAAGUACAAAAAGGAUAAGUUUGUGAGCUUACUUAAAGACUUUGUUGAGUCUGAAUUUUUUUUAAUUGAUGGGUUAUUUAUCACUUGCUUUCUCAAUGUGAACUUAAAAGGAGGACAAACUCUUCACUUCUACUACAUAGUGGAACAAUUUCUGUCUGAUUUCAUUCAAAAAGAAGCCAGAUUUGUAAUUGUCUUUUUUAAGGAUGUAGAAAAUAUGUAUUUUAAUUGUGCUGAAAUUUUUGCCCUUCGUACCACCUUAAUCCAACAUUUAGAACACAAUACUCAUGUUCAGAUUCACACGGAAUUUUCCAAUUGCUUGUCUCUGGAAUGGGAGAUGUUUCUUAAAGAAUGUUAUCCAUAUUUCCUAAUUAUCACAGAUAAAGGAUUAACAUCUCGUCACACAGACUUUUUAAACAUUUUUAUCAUUCAUGCUCUUCAGAAGAAAAUCAAUAUUGUACUGUCUUUGGGACAAAACACUGAUGUUCUUAGAAUUCAUGGCUACUAUGCCCCAAGUGUGUAUUUACACAAGCAGUUUUUUGAAAAGGCUUUGCCAUUCUCAAGAAGAUCUAAUAUCACUAAAUCAAAAAAAAUUAUUGAAGAAAAUCAAAAAAGACAGCUAGCUAAACUAGAAAAAAGGGAGGAAGAAAGAUGAAAUAACUUGUCCCUGUCCAUUGAAAAGGAAAUCAAAGGGGAUCCUAAUUCUGGAAUGCAAAGACUAGAAGAUUUUCUCCAAAGAUGCCCUGUUAAGUCCGUAAAAUUUAUUGCUGAAAUGGUAGGAUUGGAGGCCUGUUUCAGAUCAUGGGUGGAAUACUGUCUAAAGUCAGAAGCAGAAACUAAAGAUGUAAACAUAAUAAUUCAGAUGAUGAAAAGGAUUCACGUAAUCUAUGAUAAAUACUCAGAACUAUUACAAAAUUCACAUCAACAAAAAUUAGCUAAAUAUUUAAAAUAUAUCAGAUUUGACAACUUGGCACACUCAUUUUGUCCUCAGGUAAAGGAGUCAGGUAUUGAGAAGGAUAUUUCUAAAUACUCAGUUUGCAUGGGAGCAGCACGGUUUCAGUUAACGCACAUGGGCCGGUACUUAUUUCGAGGAGAAAGAAGUGAUCCUGAUCCCAGGGUGCAUCAUUUCAUACCAGACACAUGGCAGAGGGAACUUCUUGAUGUUGUAGAUAACAAUGAAUCUGCUGUGAUUGUUGCUCCAACUUCAUCAGGGAAAACCUAUGCUUCUUCGUACUGCAUGGAGAAAAUACUGAGAGAGAGCGAUGAAGGGGUGGUGGUAUAUGUUUCUCCAACAAAGGCACUUGUUAAUCAAGUGGUGGGAACUGUCUGCAAUUUAUUUAACAAAACACUGCCAAAAGGCUUAGUGCUGUGUGGGGUAUUUACAAGAGAUUACCGUCAUGACACCUUGAAUUGUCAGAUAUUGGUGACAGUCCCUCAGUGUUUGGAAAUGCUUUUGCUAUCACCUCAUGCACAAAAGUGGGUGAAAAGGAUUAGAUAUGUCAUAUUUGAUGAGGUUCACUGUCUUGGGGGAGAAGUGGGAGCAGAAGUUUGGGAACAUCUUCUUGUUAUGAUUCGGUGUCCCUUUUUGGCACUUUCUGCUACUAUCAGUAAUCCUGAAGAUCUUACUGAAUGGUCGGUGCUGAUUAAAAGAUACUGGCGAGAUGUUGAGAGCACAAUGGAAAAUUCUGGUGCAUCACAAAACGCCUUGAAAGGUUCAAAGAAACAAGAAAGCAAAUGGAGAGAAAAGCCAUCUUACUGAGUUAGAUUGGUACGUUACAAAGAGCAAUACAAUGAUCUAGAAAAGCAUGUGUGUUCCAUAAAGGAUAAUGUUUGUCAUUGAAAUUAUCACCCUUGUGGCGCACUAACAGUCAAUCACAUAAAGAAAUAUGGAAUCCCUUUAGACCUUGGAUUUUCUCCUCGAGAAAGCAUUCUGCUUUAUGAUGCUAUGGUACAUAUUUGGCCAGAAUGGUCAAGAAUGCAGGUGGAUCAGUUCGUGAAGUACCUUAAGCCUCAAACUUUUGACAGUGCAGAAUCUGAAAAGCGAAGAACGUUUCCCUGUUUUGUGGAAAAACUUAAACAAAUGGAUAGACUGCCCGCAAUAUUUUUUUCUUUUUUAAAUUCAGAUUCAAAUGCUAGAAUUCAAAGAAUUAUUUUACGCAUGGCUGAAAUAAGUGAGAUAAAGAAAAAUCUCAAGAAACAUACAAAAGUUUCUCCAGAUUGUACGUAUACUGAUCGUACAGGUGUGGAUGACCAGACUUUAAGGAAGAUCUUACACAGAAUUAGAGGAACAAGACUAUACUGCAAACUGUGCAAUCUGUUACAGAGGGGCAUUGGAUAUCAUCAUGGCUCAAUGGAAUAUAAAGAAAAACAAGUUGUGGAGAUGCUUUUCAGAAUGGUGCAUGUGAAGGUGGUAACAGCUACCUCAUCCCUUGCUGUGGGGAUUAAUAUGCCAUGUAAAUCUGUUGUUUUUACAGAAGAUUCUGUUUAUUUGGAUGCCUUGAACUUUCAACAGAUGUCUGGUCGUGCAGGGAGACGUGGAGAAGAUCCUAUAGGAAAUGUGUUCUUUUAUGACAUCCCGUUACCCAAGGCAGAAAGGCUCUUGAAGUCGAACGUGCCUGAACUGAAGGGUCAGUUUCCUCUGAGCAUAUCCCUGAUUCUCAGACUUAUGCUGUUAGUUGGCAAAGCAGAUGACAAAGAGGAUGCGAAAGCUAAGGCAUUAUCAGUGCUACAACAUUCAUUGAUGUCCUUCAAGCAACCAAGAAUCAAGUGUGUGUUAAAAUUUUACUUUAUAUAUUCUUUGCAAUUUUUGGCCGCAGAGUUGGUUUUGUGGGGAUACCUGGAUGAGGACUGUAUUCCCAGGGGAUAUUCUGGACUUGUGUGCCAUUUGCACUACUGUGAACCUGCAAAUUUUGUUUUAGUAAGCUUCCUGGGAAAACGUGUAUUCCACAAGCUGUGCAAGCCAAUGAGUAUAAAUGGCCCAAAGAAAUUUUCUGAAGAUGUGAUGGAAACCUUAGUGGUGGUGUUAGCACAUCUCUUUGGAAGACAUUAUUUACCUCCAUGUGUGGAAAAGCGUAAGAAAAAAUUUUCUCCUUCAGUGGUAGUUCUAGAUAAACUUCCCAAGGACUUUGCUGACGUGGCGGAGGAACACAACAAUAGCAUCCACAGGAACUUUGGUUCUUUCCUCCUCACAGUUCCUAAGUUGGCGGACAUGAGAAAAGAAUACCAAUUACCUCUCUCAGAAAUCGACUUUUCAGGUAAAGAAUGUGAAGACUCAGAACUGGUCCCUCAUUUGAUGCCGGGAUCAGAAAGCAGAACUGCUGUCUCCCCAUUUGCAUGCCUGUCCAAUAUUACUGAUCAAGAUUUAUUUGAUAUUAAUGUGGUAAAUGAUUUGAAUAAAUGUGAUAAAAACGGAAGGAAAUGUCCAUUGAAUGGCUAUGCAUUGAGCUUCUACAAACACGGUUCGCUGUUAGCCCUGAGUUUGGAUAACUGGUUAAAUAUGGGAGAUGCUUUUAAUUUAAUCAGAGAUUUUACACUUGUUAUCCAAGCCAUCAGGUACAGUAAACAUUUCCAUAUUUGA